GGCUUUCACCAGAAGCCCCCACCUUUUUCCAUCCCCCCUCCCCUCCUUCCCAUCCCUCCUUCCCUCCAUCCCUCCCUUCCCUCGCCUUUGAUGGCAUUGCCUUGGCCAAAGCCGGAGGGAGGGAGACCCACCGCUGAGCCCAGCUUGCCUUCUUCCCCUUGGAAGGUGCGGAAGGAAGGGGAUCAUCAUCAGAAGAGAGUGAUCCCCCAGUGCCUCUCUUUCUCCAGCCAGCAUCCCCAGAAGAGCCUCUGCUUCUGCAGAGCAGAACUUUUCUUCUUCGGAGCCUUUAUUUCUCAUUUUAUUUUUAUUGUUUGGAUGUGAAGGGAAACAUCUGCCAAAAUGCCAGUCAGGAGGGGGCAUGUGGCCCCCCAGAACAUCUACUUGGAUACCAUCAUCCGGAAAUUUGAAGGACAAAACCGCAAGUUCCUCAUUGCCAAUGCACAGAUGGAGGACUGUGCCAUCAUUUACUGCAAUGAUGGCUUCUGUGAGAUGUUUGGCUACUCCCGGGUGGAGGUGAUGCAGCAGCCGUGCACCUGUGAUUUCCUCAGAGGGCCUGACACUACCCACAACUCCAUUGCACAGCUGGGCCAAGCAUUGCUUGGAGCAGAAGAGUGUAAGCUAGAGAUUCUCUACUACAGGAAAGACACAUCUUGCAUCCGAUGCUUGGUGGAUGUGGUCCCUGUGAAGAACGAGGAAGGCGUUGUCAUUAUGUUCAUAUUGAAUUUUGAGGAUCUAACAGCUCUCAUAGCUAAAAGUGCCCGGCAGACCCUACACCAGCGUCUUUCCCAUGGAUGGCGAUCAGAAGCUUCUCAUGUCAAGACCAGCCAGAAUUCCACAUCGGACUCAGACCUCAUGAAGUAUAGGACGAUCAGUCAGAUUCCACAGUUCACCCUCAACUUUGUGGAGUUCAAUCUAGAGAAACACCGCUCAGGCUCCACCACAGAGAUUGAGAUCAUUGCACCCCACAAAGUGACGGAGCGCACCCAGAACGUAACGGAAAAGGUCACUCAGGUCCUCUCUCUGGGAGCUGAUGUUCUCCCUGAGUACAAGCUGCAGGCACCACGCAUCCACCGAUGGACCAUCCUGCAUUACAGUCCAUUCAAGGCAGUAUGGGACUGGCUGAUCCUGUUGCUGGUCAUCUACACAGCUGUCUUCACACCCUAUUCGGCCGCCUUCCUGCUCAAUGAAGAACAGGAGGAGAAGCUCUCCGAUUGCAGCUAUUCAUGUGACCCACUCUACAUCAUCGACCUCAUUGUGGACAUCAUGUUUAUUGUUGACAUCAUCAUCAACUUCCGCACCACUUAUGUCAAUAUCAAUGAUGAGGUAGUGAGCCAUCCAGCCAAGAUUGCCAUCCACUACUUCAAGGGCUGGUUUCUCAUUGACAUGGUGGCUGCCAUCCCCUUUGAUUUGCUCAUCUUCCGCACUGGAUCAGACGAAACAACAACAUUGAUAGGACUGCUGAAGACAGCACGUCUGCUACGCCUAGUGAGAGUAGCCCGCAAGUUGGACCGCUAUUCUGAAUAUGGGGCUGCUGUGCUGUUCUUGCUUAUGUGCACAUUUGCCCUCAUUGCCCAUUGGCUAGCCUGCAUUUGGUAUGCCAUUGGCAAUGUGGAGCGACCCUACAUGGAGCAUAAAAUUGGAUGGCUAGACAACCUCGGCGAUCAAAUUGGGAAGCGUUACAAUGACAGUGACCUCUCAUCUGGCCCCUCCAUUAAGGACAAAUAUGUGACUGCCCUCUACUUCACCUUCAGUAGCCUCACCAGUGUUGGCUUUGGCAAUGUCUCACCCAAUACCAACUCUGAGAAGAUCUUCUCCAUCUGUGUCAUGCUGAUUGGCUCUCUCAUGUAUGCAAGCAUCUUUGGCAAUGUCUCAGCCAUCAUCCAACGUCUGUACUCUGGCACAGCUCGCUAUCAUACCCAGAUGCUGAGGGUUAAGGAAUUCAUCCGUUUCCACCAAAUCCCCAACCCACUUCGCCAGCGCCUUGAAGAGUAUUUCCAGCAUGCCUGGUCCUACACCAAUGGUAUUGAUAUGAAUGCGGUACUGAAAGGCUUCCCAGACUGCCUGCAGGCUGAUAUCUGCCUCCACCUUAACCGCACUCUCCUCCAAAACUGCAAGGCCUUCCGGGGAGCUACCAAAGGCUGCCUCCGAGCUUUGGCCAUGAAGUUCAAGACAACUCAUGCACCACCUGGCGACACUCUUGUGCACUAUGGUGAUGUCCUCACCACUCUGUAUUUCAUCUCACGUGGCUCUAUCGAAAUCCUCAGGGAGGACAUUGUGGUCGCCAUCCUAGGGAAGAAUGACAUCUUUGGCGAGCCGAUCAGUCUCUACGCCCGGCCUGGGAAAUCCAAUGCUGACGUGCGAGCCCUCACUUAUUGUGACUUGCACAAGAUCCAGCGGGAGGACCUCCUAGAAGUCUUGGAUAUGUACCCAGCCUUCUCAGACAAUUUCUGGAGCAAUCUAGAGAUAACAUUCAAUUUGAGAGAUGCAGACAGUGUUCCUCGUUCACCCCUCAGUGAAGAGUAUGCCUGCAACUAUCGUCGGGCACGUCGCCAUAAGCGUUCUCUCUGCAAAGUUAACAAAAUAGGCCCAGAUGGCCUGGAUACAGGCAUCUCAGACCCAGAGCAGUAUCAUGCAUACUCUGAGCUGACCCAGCUACAACGUCCCCACAGCAAGGACCAUUGGGAUGAUAUGUGCAGUACUACGACACCAUGCUCCCAGACUAGUGAAGAGGAGGCCAAGGUGCCCAGCCCCACCAAGGGUGAAUCUUUCAUAAUGACUGAAAAGAGCAACUAUGCCCCUGCAGUGGUAAACCUGGUUAGUGAUGGCACUGAGGUUGACAGACUGGUGACUGACGACAGCCUCUCCUAUGCAGCAACACCAUUGGAUGUUUCCAACUUGUUCACAUUCUGGGAGGACAAGAGGCCCACCUCCCUUACAGAACCUUUCCAGCACAUGUCCCUGGUACAUAGCCCUUUGGACAUGCACAGCCCAUUAGAGAUGCCUCCUAACUCUGAUGACAGACCACGACAGAUUGAAUCCAAACUGGACUGCCUCCAGGCACAGAUCAGCAGGCUGGAAUCCAGGAUGUCUUCUGACAUGAAUCUCAUUCUGCAACUGCUGCAGCGACAGCUGUCUCAAGUGCCACCUUCAUAUAGCUCCAUCUCACCCUCCUCCCACAAUUUGGCUUUAUACAGUAUGGGCCUGAGGAGCACAGAACCGGCCUCGCCAGUAGGGGAAGAGGAACUAACUCCCACAAAGGAGACUCCAAGCUAUGCUGAAACUGAAAAAACCCAGCUGAAAUCCAGGGACUCCUUGUCUAGUGGUAUACACCUGACUGUGGCUUCAGAUGAAACCAUGACAGUCAGCUCAGAACAAGAGCAUUACCCACAGAUCCUGCCAAACCAAGAGCCCCACCGGAGGGCACCAAGUGAUCAGGGACUCUUCCGAGGAUCUCGUUUCCCUUCCCUUCCAGAGCACCUUGAGGCACCGUCAGAGCACUUGGACAUUCAGAGACAUCUCUCUGACCCAUUGCUUCCUGCAACUUAGGAAUCAAAUUUCAGCUCAGAGCCCCAGGCAAGAGGAAGCUGAACUGAGAAGCUGCUUAGCUGAUUUUAAUUGUUGCACUUGGAGGGCAAUAGUUACGGCUCAGGGUAUUACUUGUAGCCAGCUCCUGCCCUCUCUGAAGAGAGGGAUUUUUUUUAAUGGGAUGGCUUCCAAGACCAUUGAUCUCAGAAGUGGUAUUCCAUAAAGUAGGCUUCAGGUGCACAUUUUCUUCUCACCAAUUCCAAGAAGAGUGACAUGUACAUGAUGACUAACUUCUUCUUCCGCCUCACUGUUAGCUGCAAGCUAUGUGAUGCCAGGGUCUACAUCUAUUUGUCCUUAUAAGGUACCUAGCAUGGUGGGACACAGAUACAUUUCCUUAAUUUAAUCAUGUAAUAUUGGGAUUUUUUUCUGAAUGAGGAAAUUGCUAAAGAAAAAAAAAAUCCUUGGGCUGUGGGGUACCAAGAAUGAAUGUACCUUUAUUUGAUGCGUCUUGUAUCAGAUCUUUCUGUGCAUCAGGUAUGGCCCUGUGAAGGAAGAAAGAGUAAAACAAUGCCACCACUUUUAACAUGAGGACAUACUGCACCAUAUAUGUUCUGCCCUAGAACAUAGUGAGGGCCACAUGUUGCUUUUUCCUUGCAUGGACAUCAUCUCUGUCGAAGAAAAACUGCAAGAUGAAAGAGAAAAGUGUGCAGUUCAAUCCUGUGCAGGGAUUUUAAUAGGAGUUUUGAGCCUGCUGUUUAUAUUCAGCUCUCCUUCAGAGAGCUGCAAUCCCUGACAACAUGACAACCUCUAUGAGUUUCUGCCCCAUGCUCUAAACUCCCAAGCAACAAAUCAAUCUGUACAUCCCUGUCUAUAGCCCUGAUUGUAUACAUGAUUGUUCAGAACUAAGCUCCACAGAAUUCUGUGGUAUUUUAAUACCAAAUAAGCAAUCAUAGAACUGCAGUUUCAAUGUAUAAAGUAACUUUAUGGUUAAGUCAGGUUUAGAAUGCCUGAUCCCUUGAAUCCUCUGCAACAAACAAAUCAGGGCCUAGGCUAAUAUGGACCCAUGUUCUACCUAUGGAUUUCCAAAGCAGAAUUAACACUUCUCAAGAACUUUGCGAAAGAGCCCAGAUGGGGAAAACAUUCCAGAAAUUUCCAGAUUUUUGCAACAUUCCAAUUUACCUAGAUUUAUACUACAUUUCAGGAAGAGUCAGUCUUGUAGUUAGCCACUUGCUUGAUAAAAAAAUCUUCUUGAGCCAGUACCUUGACGGAUAUGCAAAACACAGGUAUGUGCAAGUAGGCUGUAGUAUUUUCUACCAAUCUGCAAGGCUGGUGUAAGCACAAUUUCAGAAAAUCCUGGAAGAGGAAAGACAAACCAAACAAGUCUCUUUUUCUAUGUGUGUGUAGCCUUUCCCUCUUGGUUGUAUACCCAUGCCAAGGCACUGCAUAGAAGCACUGUAAAUGAAUCCUCAAACCUUCUCCAUUACCACUCCUCAAUUAGAUGCUGCAAUGGCCCUAGGCCACCUACCCAAAAUAACAUAUUAAAACUCCCAGUGAAAGUAGCAAGGGGGGAAAUAACUGUGAGCAUUUUCUUUUCUUUUCUUCUCAGGAGUGUUAGUGUACACUUUGCUAAUAAAGAUUAU